AGCCGCCGCUCCGCUCCGCUUCUCUUCUCCAGCUCGCGGAAGCUCCGCGCCAGUCAGCGCGGCUUCUAAAUCCCUUGUGCUCCCCGGGCGAAGAGACGGUGGGCGCGCGCGCGCGCACUCGCGGGAAGAAAAGCCUCUCCCGUCGUCUCCUCGCGCAGACCUGUUCCCCCGCUCGGGGUUCCUCAUCCAAGGCGGGAAAUGGCUUCGUUUAAGAGCCUUCCCGGUCGAUCCUCUCCUCCUCCUCCUUUUCUAGUCCAUCGCCUUAACCACUCGGCCACGACUUUCCUUUCUCGCUAGCCAACCCCUUUUGCCUCGGGUCUUGUGUGCAAUGGGGAAAGGGCUCCGAGCUGUGUUUAGGUUGAACAAGGCAGGCCAACCUCAAGCGGUGUGAGCUACGUUUGACAUGCGCUGCCUGACUGAGGAACUACUGCAUUAGUUGUCUGAAGGAGCACUGCCUUGGCAAUUCAAAAGGGUAGCCCUUGACUCCAAGCUUUCUAUCAGCAGCACUGGAUGAGAAUUCAACAACUUCCUAGAGUGCACUAACGUGGCCAGCAAUAAUGGAUUUUGUGAUGAAACAAGCCUUAGGGGGGGCCACGAAGGACAUGGGUAAAAUGUUGGGAGGAGAAGAGGAAAAAGACCCUGAUGCCCAGAAGAAGGAAGAAGAACGACAAGAAGCCUUACGCCAGCAAGAGGAAGAACGCAAGGCAAAGCAUGCCCGCAUGGAAGCUGAACGGGAAAAGGUUCGGCAGCAAAUCCGUGAUAAGUAUGGCCUGAAGAAGAAAGAGGAGAAAGAGGCAGAGGAGAAGGCAGCCCUGGAACAGCCCUGUGAGGGGAGCCUGACACGACCCAAGAAAGCCAUCCCAGCCGGCUGUGGAGAUGAUGACGAUGAGGAUGAGGAGAGCAUCCUGGAUACGGUGCUCAAGUAUCUGCCAGGUCCAUUGCAGGACAUGUUCAAGAAGUAGCCGCCAUAUCAGCCCAAGUCCCACCCAGAGUUUCCUGGUGUUGCCAAUUCAACACUCGAUUGAAGCUUUUGGGUGGCGAAGGGACUUUCUUUUGGGGUUUCAUGGGGGCAUUUUCCUUUCCAGUUUUUGUUUCAAGGGGAGACUUCAUA